AUGGAUACCGAACGUUUCGACGCGUCCACUCCUCUCUGGAUCCUGCACGUGGACGGCUCGGCAAACCAGCAAGGCUGUGGUGCCGGCUUAGUAUUAACCACUCCAGACGGUAGCAAAAUCGAGUACGCCCUCCGAUUCAACUUCCGAACCUCCAAUAACGAGGCAGAAUAUGAGGCCCUCCUGGCUGGCCUUCGGCUAGCCCAGAGCAUGAGCGCGAGGCAGAUCAGCAUUCACAGCGACUCCCAGCUCAUAGUAAAUCAGAUAACGGCAGACUUUGCAGCAAAGGAUGCCUCCAUGUCAGCCUAUCUAUCGGCAGCCCACCAGCUACUACAGAAAUUCCAAGCCUAUAAGAUACGGCAGAUCCCUAGGUCUGAAAAUAGCCAUGCCGAUGCACUCUCGCGAUUGGCUUCGGCAAUAAAUGACAAGAUCGGAAGGAAGGUACCGGUGGAGAUAUUAUCCCAACCAAGUACAACCGCCGCUGAGGUAUGUACCGUUCGGUACGAGGAUACAUGGAUGUCCCCAAUCUAUGCCUAUCUGAAGGCCGGAACCCUUCCUACCGACAAAUCCCAAGCUCGGAAACUCCGCUACCGAUCGGCAAGAUACACAGUCAUCAACGAUGUCCUGUACAAACGGGGCUACACGACGCCGUACUUAAAAUGCCUGACCAAAGAGCAAGGGGACUACAUCCUUCGGGAGGUCCACGGCGGAAUCUGCGGGGACCAUUCUGGUUCCCGAUCGCUCGCACACAAGGUCUUCCGGCAGGGUUAUUUCUGGCCGACUCUGCAUCAGGAUGCAAACACACUAGUCAAGAGGUGCGACAAAUGCCAACGGUUCGGUAGUGUCCCUCACAUUCCCGCCGAGCCACUGUCACCGAUCGUGAGCCCAUGGCCGUUCGCCCAAUGGGGACUGGAUCUAAUCGGUCCGAUGCCAGAGGGCAGGGGUCAGGUAAAAUACGCUGUUGUUGCCGUAGACUACUUCACCAAAUGGGUAGAAGCCAAAGAACUAGCGGCGAUAACGGCAGCCAGAAUCGAGGAUUUCGUUUGGACAAACAUUUGCUGCCGAUUCGGCAUCCCCUACGCCAUCGUCACGGAUAACGGCAGGCAGUUUGAUUCGGAAGUCUUCCGGCAAUUCUGCAAACGGCUCAAGAUCAACCUGUUCUUUGCUUCGCCAGCACACCCCCAAUCGAACGGACAGGUCGAAGCCAUGAACAAAAUUGUCAAGAAGCUGUUGAAACGGCAGCUUGACAAAGCCAAAGGAGCAUGGCCAGAAAAGCUUCCGGAGGCGCUAUGGGCCAUACGGACAUCUUACCGAACGGCAACGGGGGAAACACCAUUCUCCAUGGCUUUCGGUUCAGAGGCAGUGGUCCCAGUAGAGAUCGGAGAGCCCUCCUACCGAACGGAAACUUUCGCACCGAAGGCAAAUGAGGAAGCGCUAGCUUUGAGCCUCGACUUACUCGAAGAGCGCCGAGCACAAGCCAACCUUCGGAACGAAGCCUACAAACAACGCGUCUCUCGGUAUUAUGACUCCAGAGUCAAGUCCCGCUCUUUCCGAGUCGGAGAUUGGGUCAUGCGAAAAGUCUCCUUGGCAACCAAGAAUCCCACGGAAGGAACCCUCGGACCUUCCUGGGAGGGACCCUACGAGAUCAUCGGUAUCCAGCGGUCAGGGACUUACCGACUCAGAGACUCCAAUGGAAAGACCCUCGGUCACCCUUGGAACAUAGAGCAUUUGAAAUACUACUUCAAAUGA